UGUACGACACAUCCUGCUUUGUCUCUAGCAGCUAAACGGCAUUACUCUUACUGCAUUUGAUGAAGUAUUCCUGUUUUUCCCUGCUCGCAGUCUGAUUGGCUGUUCUGUCUGUAGGGCAUCCUCUACUCGCACGGGAUUGGACGAUUCCCUUGAGACUCGGUUGUCAUUGGUUGGUUUUCCCUUAGUAGGCAUGGCGUGCCUGUCUCCGAAUGGCAGUGUGCUCCUUUUCCCCCAUGGUCAGUGCGGCGCUGCGGGCGCCGCCGGAGUCUCGGUUCCUGCUCUUCGCCAUGAUGAACAAAUGAACUCGCGGGGAAUGAAAUUUAAAUUCCACAAAGGGGAGAAAGUUCUCUGCUUUGAACCAGACCCGACCAAGGCCAAAGUGCUGUACGAUGCAAAGGUGGGCACAGGAAGUGUGCAUGAGAUGGCUUGUCAUACAGUGCUUCAUUCCUCACUGGCCUCUGCUGGGAGAGAGAGGGCAUCACACCAUCACAACAAUACAAUACUACUCUGUUUAUAUCAGGGGGUGUAUGGUACAGGAGCUGGGCUGGCAACUUUAUUACUCUGUGUCUGUAUUAUAUAUAUAGUUUGUUUUAUUGUAUUUGUUUACACUGCACUCACACAAUUCCUAUUGUAAGUCAGCUAAUGUCAAAUUAAAAUAACAGAUUGUUUGUUUGGCACAAGAGCCUUGACUAAGUGCCUGAAUGCAAAGAAUGCAUUAUGAGAGAUAAUGAGAAUGUACCUGUUGGCUAUUAUUAAACUCAUGUUUAAGUUCUUCAGAAAGUAAAAGCAACGAGUGAGAUUUAAAGGGACACCAUAGUCACCAGAACAAAUACAGCUUAAUGUGUUUUUUUUGUUCUGGUGAGUAUGGAAAUAGAGUCCCUGCAGACAUUUUUAUGUAAACACUGCAUUUCCAGAGAAAAGUCAGUGUUUACAUUGCUGCCUAGGGACACCUCAAGUGGCAGUCAACCAUUUUCAGUGGGAAAGCAUUUUUUCAAAGGGGCCAGUUAUGGCAGACCACCGCGGUGCUGCAAUGAAGGCACGUUUAACCUAUUGUAGGGGAGGUUGGCCACCUAAUUAGCAAUUAACACUAUAGGGUCAGAAAUACACAUUUGUAUUCCUGAACCUAGAGUGUUCUUUUAAAGCGGUUCUGUAAUUUGCAAAAACACUGGUGCUGAAUGUGCUGCUGAGUGCCAUGGGAUACAGGGAAAGGAGUGAGAUACUUAACUGAAUCUGUCCCUCGCAGCUGCCAGAAGCCCACCUCCACGUUGUGCUCUUCUGCAUGGACACGAGUAAAAAUACUGAAGUCUAUCGAAGAGACCAUUGGAUCCACGAGAGAGACUCCCCUCCCCCAGCUGUAACGUGUAGGAGCAAUACGAAGACAAACUACUCCCUACCUUUGUCAGAGUAUAAUUUCUGGCGGUGUUUGUGUAAUUCAAGCAAAGUUAAUUUCAAUAUUUUAUAAAAUAUAUGUUUUUCAGUUUAUGGAAUACUCAUGUUGGAAUUCAGUGAAAGGGGGUCUUUGGCCCCAGGAGUCUUGACUCUUUAAGUGCUGUUUUAAGAGGCAGCUAAUGACCGAUCAAUUGGAUACAGGGCUAUUCAGUAAAGUGAAGUAGCACAUUCUAAUGGCAAAACUUUGUCAAGAGGAGUUUUUUUUUCUGGAAAAACUCUCAAGCGUUACUGAGUUUUGCCAUUUACAUUUGAAUUGCUAUGACUUAGAAGAAACCUCAACAUUAACUGUUUUAGUUGGCUUACUUUGCACAUAUAUUACUAAAAUGUAAAACUACAAUAAAACACUAUAACAAAAAAGGGGCACUCUAACUUUUUACAGUUGUUAUACUCAUUUGCCCAUACACAUUUGUACGUGAGCAUGGAUUUUCAUCUAACCUCAUUCACAUGCAUGCAUGAAUGAAGUUAGGUGACAGGCCAAACAAGUCAGUAUCUUGUGUGACCACCAUUUUCCUCACGCAGUGCAACACCUCUCUUUCACAAAAAGUUGUUGUGGAAGGUUUUUUUUUUUUUUUUUAGCUUCCAGGAAUUGUGGACAGAUCCUUGCAAAAUGGGGCUGUGCAUUAUCAUGGUGCAACACGAGAUGAUGGUCGUGUAUGAAUGGCACAACAAUGGGCCUCAGGAUCUCAUCACAGUAUCUCUGUGCAUUUUGAAAUGCCAUUAAUAAAAUGUACCUGUGUUUGUUGUCCAUAACAUAUGCCUGGCCAUACCAUAACCCCACUGCCACCAUGGACCACUCAAACCACAACGUUGACAUCAGCAAACUGCACACCCACACAGCGCCAUACAUGCUAUCUGCCUUGUAUCAUCUGUGAAGAUAACACCUCUAUAAAGUGCCAGACACCAUCGGAUGUGAGCAUUCACCCACUCAAGUCUGCUACGACGACUAACUGCAGUCAGGUCGAGACCCCAAUGAGGAUGACGGGCAUGCAGAUGAGCUUCCCUGAGACGGUUUCUGACAGUUUGUGCAGAUAUUCUUUGGUUAUGCAAACUGAUCGUUGCAGCAGCUUUCCUGGGAGCUGGUCUCAGAGGAUCUUGGAGGUGAAGAUACUGGAUGUGGAGGUCCUGGGCUGGUGUGGUCACACGUGGUCUGCGGUUGUGAGGCCGGUUGGUACUGCCAAAUUCUCUGAAAUGCCUUUGGAGACGGCUUAUGGUAGAGAACUGAACAUUCAAUUCACGGGCACAUAUGUGGCAUUGUGCUUUGUGAUAAAACUGCACAUUUUUAGAGUGGUCUUUGAGUUCAGCUCAUGAAAAAUGAGGGCAAAAACAAGUGUUGUGUUUAUAAUCUGGGGGCGGGGGGGUAUGUUUGUGUGUGUGUGUAUGUAUGUGUAUAUAUAUAUAUAUAUAUAUAUAUAUAUAUAUUCCUCCUGCCUUCUUGACAGAGGUAUUGUAGGCAAGCAUCUAAAUUGUCUUCUGAUUUAAUUUUAAUUUACACCCAUCUUAUUAUUUCAGGUUGUUGAUAUAAUUGUUAGCAAAGAUGACAAGGGCAGAAAAAACCCAGAAUAUCUGAUCCAUUUCAAUGGUUGGAAUAGAAGGUAAGUGUAGUUUGUUAAAAGGUGAUGGGAUCACAAAUGUAACUAUUUUUUUUUUUUUUUCUACUAUGCUAAUAAACGUUUUGCUGAUUGAAACUUUGUACAUGACAGAACAAAGGUAAAGCAUAAAGUGGUUAAAAUCAGUUGAAAUGCUAGUUGCCCUUUACUGUGCACAGCUCAUAGAACUGUGCACCAAGCAUGUCAAACUCAAAGGCUAACACAGGCCAAAUAAACAAUGUUUACGUGGGCCGCAAAAAAAACUAACUUCAGUUUUCAUAGAAACAUAGGUUUUUUUAGAAAAGUACGGUAUAAAAAAAAAAGUUGCCUGACACUGGACAUAGAGCUUCAACGUAAACAAAAGAGCGAAUUUAUUUUAAGGAGACAUGCAUUUGCAUAUAACGAAUGUUUCAGUCCAAUUACCUUGAUGUAUUAAGGAAAGUUUGGUAAUGGGACUUAAAUGGUGAAUUUAUGCUGUUGCACAGUUGUAAAAAAAAUAAAUGACGUUAUCGUGUUGAAUUUGAAGUCCUAUGAGUGUGUUCUUCACUUUGGAUGAGAUCAUCAAACUUGAUGAUCUCAGGCAAUCCAAUGCUUUUCCAUAGGAAAGCAUUGGGAGACUAUUGUGCAUGUGUGGGGGGGAAAAAAGCUAAUUCUAAUACACUGCCCACGAAUCCAUGCUGCCCAUAAAUGCAUGUUGUACAAAAAAAUCAAUUUUAAUGCCUUCUAUUUUAUACAAGGGGAAAAAACUAUUGUGCAUAUAUGGGUAAAAUAUGGUCAUCUUGCUCAUACAUCUGUUAAGUUUUCUAAUGGGUGAUAGCUCUUCAUUGGCACAUUUACAGAGGUGAGCAGCAGCAAGACCUAAUUCGCUGGGAGGAAAAAACGUAAUAUCUCAUUGAAUUGGUUAUAGUGCUUGGAGUCCCCUCGCUCUGUCCCUCCAUUCCAUGUAAAACUAUUUUCUAGCAGUUUAAACAUUGAAUGGGGGUCCCAAGCCAGCCGCCGCAGCGCAGCCCCACUGGAGAUAUGGCUAAGGCCGAGAUCACGACCUUCCUUCUAUCCAUACAAAUACGCUGUAGUAACGACUGCUGUGAAAGGCUGAAGGCGGUUAGCGGACACUCUCAGACUUUCGCUUUCAUCCAUUGCUGUUUAGGUUAAUAUUAUCCUCAUUAGCCCUAGCAGCUCAGGUAUGACAGGCUACUAGGGACUCUCAUUUAGAAAGAAAAAUAGUUUGACACUGAAUGGAAGUGUGGUGCCAAAAGAUUACAUAGACUGCAACCACUUCAAUGCGAUACAUCAAACUAAAAUGGGACAUAUGAGAAUGAACAACAAAUCAAAUAGUUUGCCCAUCAUUGGAUCUUCGCGUAGUUCGCAAGUUGGUUUUGUCAACACUUUGUAAGUCUUUUAAGCAGCUACAGUAGAUGUUUGUUGGAAGUUGUUGCUGCUAAAGGAGGAGCUAUAUGUUACUAAAUGUAAGGAUUAACUUGCUUUUCCAGGCCUGCACUGUCAUUACCCUGUUUCCAAAAAAAGUAGAAAAAUGCAGCUGUUUGUUUUUAAUUUAAUCAUAUUGUGUCUAUAUUUGUGACUUAGAUGAAGAACCAACCACAUUUUGUGAGUAAUUAAAGCAGCAAUGUAGGUAAUUACAAAAGGUUCACACUUUUCCUUGCAGCUGUAGUUGCCAAGAGGCUUAGACUGUCAUAAAGUUAUGUCUGUUAUCUGUUAACAUGGUUUUGUUUACACUUCCAAUUUAUUCUUACCUUUACAAACCUAGCUGGGAUAGAUGGGCAGCAGAAGAUCAUGUUCUUCGUGAUACUGAUGAAAAUCGGAGAUUGCAAAGAAAAUUGGCAAGGAAAGCAGUAGCUCGCAUGUAAGAAACCUCUGUGCAUGAUAAGUAAACAGAAGAUUAAUGCUUGUUGUGCAUUACCUGUGUUCCUUUCUAAAGGAUCACUUCAGGCACCAAAACAAGUUCAUUUAAAUGACGUCAUGGUGCCAGGAGGCACUCUUACCUCCAGGGUUUAAAUCGUUCUCGAAUGGUUUAACCACAAAGUUGCCUCUAGCACCGGUCUCCACUUCCCCUGGCAGCUUCCGGCUUCUGAAUUGUCAGAUUUAGGAAGCACAGUGUGCCGCCGGGCAGGGUGCCGCUGUUUGGUUGAGAACGCUCAGCUGACGCUCUCAGCUAAUCAAUGACUCUCCAUUCACUAAACUGGCUUUCGAAAGGUAAGUUUCUUUGCAAACCAGUUUGGUGAAUGGGGAGUCACUGAUUGGCUGAGGGUGGUCAGCUGACACUCUCAGCCAAACAAUGAUGCCCCGGUCCGUCGGCACUCUGCGUUUCCUGAAUCUGAAAAUUAUGAAGCCGCUGGGUGGAAGUGGAGACCGGCACUGGAGGCAACCUUUGGAGUUAAACCAUUCAAGAGUGUUUCAACCCCUUGAGGUAAGAGUGUGUCCAGGGGCUUUCUGGCACCAUAACAACUUCAUUUAGAUGAACUUUUUGUGUCUGGAGUGGGACUUUAACUUCUGUCUGAAUUAUCUUCAUUUUUCUAUCUUCUUGUAUUCCUGCCCUGCCCUGCUGAUUCGCUUGCAUGUGACACAUUAACCACUCUUUCCACAUAAAUACUUCAAAAGUGCAUAUCUCCUCCCCCAUAUUACAAAGUCCAUAUUUAAAUGGAAAUUGACCUUGUUGCACCUCUUUGCUGUCCAUCAGACAACCAGUCUUAUUACUUUUAGAGCACUCGUUGGGUAGGAAGGGUGAGGGCUUGCAAAGGCUGCAGGUAAGAUCUGUUGUUUUUGCAAGCUGUGUUUAGACCUCCAAUGGAAAAUGGAUAAUAAAAUACAUUUUUCAUUUAAGCUAUAUCUACUAAAGUAUUUUCUGUAAUUUUUUUUUUUUUUUUUUUGCAUUGGAGAAAAUUAAAAGGUUCCGGCUGUACCAGUGGCGUACACUCGAUCCAUGGGGCCCCGUUGCGAAAAUUGAUCCGUGGGCCCCCUCUCCCCCCCACCUGGCGCUUACUCUGUGCAGACCGGGGCCGCUACACAUGGCAGCGGGCUCCUGGUCGCAGGGCUGCGACCCCUGUGACCGCAGUGUGCACGCCAGUGCAUGGUACACAUACACUUAAAGGACCACUAUAGGCACUCAGAUCACUUCAGCUCAAUGAAGUGGUCUGGGUGCCAGGUCCCUCUAGUUUUAACCCUGCAGCUGAAAACAUAGCAGUUUCAGGGAAACUACUAUGUUUCCCUGAGAGUUAAUCCAGCCUCUAGUAGCUGUCUCAUGGACAGCUGCUAGAGGCGCUUCUGCGAUUCUGCUGGACGUCCAUAGGAACGCAUUGAGUAAUGCUUUCCUAUGGGUGGUUUGAAUGCUUGCGUGGCUCUUGCCGCGCAUUCGGAGCUGAAAGGCGGAUCGGGGCGGAGAGAUCCCCAGCGCCAGGCUCCCUUGGCGUAAGUGCUGAAGGGGUUUAAACCACACACACACUCUCACGAACAGAUGCAUACACACUAGCUAACAGACACACAAAUUUACUGACAUACACACUUACAAAACAUGCACUCACUGACAGACACACACAAACUAACACACACUCAAUAACUGACACUCAGUGACACUCACUAGCAGACACACACAAACUAACACACACACAGUAAUACACUCACUGACUCACACUAACACACAUACACACACACACACACACACACACACACACACACACAUAUAUAUAUUAUAUAUAUAUAUAUAUAUAUAUAUAUAUAUAUUUUUUAUUUAUCCCCCAGCCUCCCUACCUGGGCAGAGAGUGCUCUCUUGCGCAUGCGCCAGCCGGCAAAGUGAAGCCAUUGCCAGCCUCGGGGGGGCUCUGAGGUGGCCAGUUCCUGGGCCCACCAGAUGAAGAGGCUGGCAAAAUGUGGCCACACUAGCAUACACACUGUGGUCGCAGGGUGGCCGGGCCCCCUGGAGGUCCGGGCCCAGUCGCAGCCACGACCCCUGCCACCGCGGUAUGUACGCCAGUGGGCUUUACCCUCAUCUAUAAAGCAUUUACUAGAAAUGUGCUAUGCCUAUUGCUGUCAUGGAACUGGUUCUAAUCCGUUAAUAACUGGCUUACCUUAUCGUUUUAUUUAGUUUAUAUGUAUUUCAUGUUAACUGAUUUCUGUUCAUGCAGUUUAGAGCAGCAUCACUUGGAGGGAAAAUACAAUGUUUUCAAUACACUUGGAACAUUUUUUUUUUUUUUUUUUUUAAAACUGCUUGGGAUAAAUAUAUCACUGGUAACUGUCAAAUUCCACCAUUGAAAAAAAUUUCAUUAUUUAUCUCCAACCUUGGAAUCUGAGGUGCAACAAAGGAGUGAGAUGCCUUAAAGCUCCUGUAACCAUCAAUAACAACAUUUUUAAUUUACAUAAAGUUAAGCAUAAAAAUGGAAAAUACUGAUUUGCUUUUUAAUGCAGGUUUUAUGUUAAACCAAAAGGCUAGGAAAAUCAAUGGACAACGGAGCCUUUGUAGCAGAAACAAUUUUAAGGUGUUUCUUUUUAAAGAGAUGUAUUCGGCAUUCCAAAUGUUGUGGGCUACAUCUCCUAUGAGGCUUUGCCAGCAUUAGGUCUUUAAACGCAUUAUGGGAGAUGUAGCCUACAAAUACUAGAUUGCCGAAGGUUGCCCUUUCUAGAGGCACUUCCUCAAGAACAAUGAAGUGAAAUGUGGUAAUGUGACCAAAUGCAUUGAAUUCAAUACUUUACUAUGAGAUUAAUUUGGAUGCAUGCGUUGCUCUCUGUGCAUGUACAUCAGUCCCCAAUGAUCCUCUCAGAAGUAUUGUAUUUCACUGCCCACUAGAGCAACGCCUGCCAGAUGUAGUUGUGGCUCUGCCUCCAGUGACCGAGUAAAAUUCGACUGGAAUGGCUAUAUUUGUAUGCAGGAUAAUUUUUAUUCAUAUGGUUCUAUAACUUUACAUGUCUUUCAUUAAAACACUGUUUUUUGAAUGCUAAUAGACUCACUAGAGUUGUGUUUCUAGGAGGAGAAAGGGCAGGAAGAAGAGGAGGUGCAGAUUACCUGGUGUAGACUCUGUUUUAAAAACCCUUCCUACUAAUGAAAAAGAGGACAAUGAUGACAACAGUGAGUAUUUUUGCAUUCAGCAUUCCAACUAUGACGAACCAUUCACUAUUACCAUAAUGCGACUUACGAAGACUGGGCAAAUCUAUUCAGUCAGGGAAGUUUCCUCGCCAUCCUAUCUGUUAAAUAUCAUGCUCCACAAAAAAAUUUAGUUUGAAAGCAGACAUUGUGAUGAAUUGUUUCUUAUAGAGCACCAAGUCUGUGAUACAGGCCUCUUAUAAGUACAUAAUCACCUGGAAAUAUUAGUAAAAAGUGCCUCUGGUAAUAUGUUGGCAAAAAAUCUAUUCAAUGGCUUUCAAAUUAACUUUUUAUGUUGGCACUUCCCUUUAACUGCUGGGAGUACUUACCAGAUGCCUAAUUAUUUUACUCUGACAAUUAAGAGCUGUUGGAUUUAAAAUUAGCUCUUAAUGAACACUGGAAAGUUAGUUCAACUGUUAUUUGCAUAUCUCUAUAUGUAUGGUAGGCAAUAUUUCACAUAAAUAACUUGGACAACACAAUAAAGACAGACACGGUUUAUUUAUAUUUUAAUAGGCUUGGCCGUGGUGUUUUGUUUAAAGCUUAAAAGGGGCAUACCACCAUAACUUGAUAACGGUAUAACAUAUUUACAUAAACUUUCCACUUUACUUCCAAAACUUUAACUUUCACCAUCACUUAAUUGCCAGUCAGUCAUAGCUAACCUGACCGCCUUUUAUAUACAACCAUUUAACACAUAUCCUUCCUCAGAACUUGCCCCACCGCCUCAGCUGGGGUAGAACUAUCACAGCUGAGGCCCCCCCACAGCCAAGGCCCUUUCAAUCACAUUUUGUAGAUCCAGAUGAACCUGAAGAUGACUUUGCCCCAUGCUGUCCAACACCACGACAUUAAUUAUAAAGAAAAUUAGCAAGUAGGGGAGGGAGGGCGGGGGUCCGUCCGUGCUUCUCCUGUCUUGAGCGACCUCUGACAGACACUUUUAUUCUUACCUAGCUUCCUGCUCUUUUGCUCGCUCGCAGCUAGCAACCAAUCCCCAGCCAGCUUUUGUCCCCAGCAACAGCUAUGUCAACAAAUCUGCUACUUGUCCCACUCUGCCCAACAACCUAACCAGGGGUCAUGAACUUUCACUAAACUUUCCCUAACUGUACCAACAGGACAGCUUAACCAUUUAUUGCCACCAUACAAAUAUGCCACAGUGCUUAAUGCCUGUGGCAUCUUUGUGGAUCAUCAGAACAUAGACAAAUUUACUAUGCAUUUCAUUAUUUGUACCAAUUUGCAAACACUGUCACUGCUUCCUAACAUCUACUUGAGCUUGUAUGCCUUUCACCCUUCUGAUACAAUAAGGUUAAAAAGGGACACAACAAACAAUUUGCUGAAAUACUUUAGGCAAGGAUGAAAUUUUCCACAAGCCAUUGGCAGGUGUGUGUUAUGGGCCCUCCAGGCUUUCAGUAUGUGUCUGUUUGGUCAAUCAAUCUUGGGUACGAUGCUAACUUUAAUUGAAUCAUCAAGUAAAAUGACAACACUUCAGCCAUGAUAUGUUGUCUUUUGCCAUGAAAUUUAAAUCAACUUGUAAAGUGGUGUGUAUGCAGAAAAACAAACUACUCACAUGUACGCUGCAUGCCAUGAGGAGACCAUGAUAGUAUUAAUUCACGUGAAAUGAAGUCCGAUCACGUGAGCCAAACACCAUAUGAACGUGGGCUAGCCAGGCGCAAACUACAUCUGCAGCAGAAGGCUUUAUCAUCCUGAUGUCUCCAUGGUGGCAGAAACGCUUAAGGGAGUUAUACAACGCACCAAACUUGUCUAAUAAUACUAUUUAAGAAAUUCUCAUGGUUUAUAUUCAUGUGCAAUUAACAUACCCCCUAUAUAGGGUGCCACCAAUGAAAUCUUGCUUUAAUAUACGUCAAGUUCAAAAUAUGUGGAACUUUAUAGAUUAUACCGCAUGGUUAUAAAUACAUAUUUAUAUUUCACUUCAGCAGUUCUGUCGCCAUGGAGAUGCAUCAAGCUGGAAAGGCAUUACUCUGUAGAUGUACUCAGUGAGGCGUUGACUAUUGGUCACGUGGUUUGACAAUGGCUACACAGUGGGGUGAAACUUGUUGAUUAAAUUAAAGUCUGCAUCAUAACUAUCACGGUGCCUGAUCGGCACCUCAGUGUGACUGCACCUGAUAGGUACAGUUACACCACAGGGUGGCCGCGACUGUUUAGCGCGGUUGCACUAAAGGAGGGAAAGGUUACUCCCCUCACCCCCAGAGCCUCUCCCUCCAUGCAGUUUGUGGAUCGGCUGCCGGGUCCAGUGUUGAGAGGGGCGCCAGCCGCUGCAAGACGUCGCUAAUUAUUAACGCCGCCCACAAUUACAUCACUUGUGACCAUGCGUGGUCACGUUUUCGCCAUGCAGACACGGUUUAUUUAUAUUUUAAUUGGCUUGGCCGUGGUGUUUUGUUUAAAGCUUGUGGAGGUCACGAGACCCAAAUUAGCCAAUAGCAAGAUAUACUGGGUUAUUUAAACCCAAACCUGCAGUUGUUCAGUUCCCUGUCGUGGUUUCCAUAAUGUUGGUUAUCCGAGAGUGCGUUUCUGAUUAUUUGUUUUUGGUCUUGGCUUGACUUCCCCUAUGUCUGGUAUCCUGGCCCUUUGGCUUUGUUCUUUCUGUAUUCCUGACCCUGGCUCGUGACUGUUUAUUCUAUUAUGUUAAUUCCGCCCAUUCUAAGGCCCGGUAAUAUGUUGUUACUGUUUGUAUUUGUUACAUCUCUUACUUCAUUCUGCGUGUUGGGCCACUGGUUCGUCCUGACAAUAACAGUGAUUGCGUGCCUGGACUUAUUCUAAAUGCUAUGUGAAUGUAAAGGAGUUCGCCACCUAUAUGAGCGGCAGCAUUGACAUUUAGAUUAAUGGCAUACCCCUUGUGCAUAUUUCAAGAGAUGGUGUGUUUGUUUUUUUUUAAUUUAGGAUAACUUUGGAACAGCCUGUGAAACUGACAGCCAGGAGAGCUACUUUAUUCACUUCGCUAGAGCAAUUGUUCACAUGAAAGUGAAGAACUUUAAUAGGGAAUUGGUAGUUAGUGCUUCCCUGAAAGAAACAUUCUAUUGGGCAGUUUCCUAAUUUGGCACAGUGACCAAACGUGCCAAUUUUUACUGUACAGGAAGAAGACUGCAGUCAUGAAUUGUCUGUAGCAUAUAGAGCAAACUGUUGACUGGAGGACUUCUUCACAAAUAUGCAAUAAGGUAUAAAAAAAAGUGUAUUAUCGACCCCCUUUUUAGAAAAACUGUGACAGCUUUCCCGCCUAUAAAACAAAGCUACCAAUUUUCCAAAUGGGACAAUGUACCAAAUAAAUUUUUAUAAAAAGCGAAAAUUUUGUUUUAUUUGAAUCAAUUAAUGCAAGGUAAACCCAUAAACAGUAGGGGGCACCAACACAUUUUAUGCCUUGUAAGACUUGGAAAUGCCCAUGAGGCACAAAGCAUGUUGUGUCCCAUGCACUGUACCCUCUUGUAUGUAUGUAUGUGCAUCUUGUAUUGAUUAUGGCCAUCAUUUUUUUUAUAUAUAUAUAUAUACACACACACACACUUUUUUUUUUUUUUUUGAAAUCUUGUUUAUUUCCCUAUGUGGAAUUGACAGCUUUUCUUUGUAACAAGUCUCCCAGGGACAGAGUGGAGCACCCGGGAGAGGGUGUUUGUCUCUUAACAAAAUGUGUGUGGUGUGGUUUGUUUUUGUACCCCACACACCUGGUACUGUUCUUAAUAUUGUGAUUUUUGGCCAAAGCGUGGCUCCAUUUUAAAUUCUAAAAGGACAAAAAAAAAAAUACAAACACGGUUGUUAAAUUGUUUCUGUUUAAUGUGUUGACAGACAACCUCUUAUUUGUAACAAUUGUACAAAAAGUGCAAUUAAAUUGGUUGGUUGAUGCUUUUUACAUUUUUUUUUUUUCUUCUGGGGGGGUAGGGAUUCUAUUCCAGUCAGUGUUUAAUGUUUAUGUUCUCAGUAAAUCCUGUUUGUAAAGUGUGCAGUCCAAAUUAUUUAUGUUCUGUAGUACUGCAUGAAAAGAUAAAAAUAUGCAUAACACAAACAUUUGAGGUAACUGCUUCUAUAUUUGUCUUGUAGCACUAAGUAGUUCAUCGGAGGACAGUGACGAAGGAACUGAUGAGGAAAUAAAAAGUGAAGAAAGUGAUUUUGAAGAAAAGGCUGAAAUGGUAUAAAACCAUAGAAAUUACAUACACUUUGUUUUUUUUUUGUUUUUUUUAUUGUUUUUUAUAACAUUAACAUAACGCUGCCACAUGUGUUGGUAAGGUAAUAAAUUAUAGUUCUGCCAUCCAAAUUACUUACUUCAGUGUUGUUGUGUCUCUGUAAGUGGUUGAAAUGUUGCAUAGUGUAUUAUGAUUGUGUUGUGAAUGUGUUGGUUUUUUUUUGAGGAAGAUUGAGCUUAUUACAAAAAAAAUUGUUUAUGAUGUUAUAUGGAUAAAAGAACAUUUUGUUCCAAUUCACAGAGGAUACCGCACUCACACUUAGGAGUCCAGGUACUUAUCAGGGCCAGGGUUGGCAAAAACCCAGUUUAGUAGCUAAAAUUAAUUGGGUCCAGGCAUUUAGGGAUUGCUGCAGGAAGACAGGUUUAUUGAAACAAACUGCAACGUGUAGGCUGAAAUGUUUCAUAUUAUUUUUUUUUAUUUUUUUUCCAAUAAACUUGCCUUCCUGCAGCAAUCCCUAAAUGCCUGGACCUAAUUUAUUUUAGCUUUUUGGCUUCAAAGCUGAAAUAAAAAAUACCGAAGUGCUGUUUCACAGAACAGUGAAUUAACAAACUGCGUUUUAAAAUUCUAGGUUAAAUUUGGCUUAUUUAGAAAAAUCUACAAUUUUACGAGAAUGAAGUGAUUUGUCUGUGUGUGCAAUUUAGCUAGAAUAUUAUUACAUUAGGAUGGAAAUAACCGAUUUUGACUGCAUUGUCUAAUUUAUUUUACUGCUGUAGACCACAAAUGUGCUAUAUGAUCGAUUCUUACAUGCAGCCCACUCACAAUAACUGGUUAUGUAGUGUUGAAGGGUAGUGCUACUGCAGAGGCAAGCAACUUUAUACUUGGCUUGCUUUUGUUUGCAGCUGUACUUGAUUUCUUUUAACUUCAGUAUUAUAUUUGGUAUGUUAAAUAUUGCAUCCUAUCAAUUCUAAAAUGGCAUCAAGGCAGCAUUGUUUUGUUUUGUUUUUUUGCCAUGUAAUCUCUAGUAGUGCUAAUAACUUGAAAGAGAAAACAAACAAAAUGUCACUCUUUGUAUAAAUAGGCUGCCUAUUGGUAUAAAGCCAUCCUAUAUCUGUUGUUGGUGGCUGAGUGAAGGUUCUUUAUAAAACAGCUUUACUAAAUGAAACUAACACUUUUGACCCAUGAUUAUAAAUCCUUGAGUUAGGAAGCAUGGUUGGAUUCUUUCUGCCAAUUACUUUUCUCUGGCAUUUUUUUUUUUUUUUUUGUGAACAAUUUUGCCAUAUUAUUUAUUUUUAAACUAAAUGUGAACGAAUUGAUUAGGCAAACUAAAGUAUACUGGCUGCUUGUCAAAUCACUUUUAGACCAAAUAAUAAGAAUAGAAAUGAGCAAAUCUUUUUUGUAAACGUUUACCAAAGUUGACAUCUUUUCAAACUCCAUUCUAGGUUUUCAUUUUGUUUUCUCGAAUAAGUAUUUCUUGGCAGAUCUGACUACUGGGAUAAUAAAUGCAAAAGUGUGCAUUUAUCAAGCAGCUUUUGUCUUUCACACAAUCUUGCAUUACUAUUUAUAGAAAGAAGAACAAGACAUUCACUCUAAACGUGACAUGGAAGAAAAGAAUAUUGUCAUUGAAAUUCCUGAUGUUUUGAAGAAGAAACUUGAAGAGGAUUGCUACUACAUAAAUAAGCGCAAAAGGGUAUAUUGCACUUUUUAUGAGUUACAUGCUGUAUGUUCUGGUUUUCAGUAAUUGUUAAAGGGACACUCAUAGCAAAAUAACUACUAAGUUGUUUUUUUUUUUAAAGUCAGUAUGUCUUACUCACUUUUCCCACCCCAUACAGCAGUUUUCUUUGUUUCCUACUGAGAAUGGCAAUCUUAAAAAAUAUUCUAUACACAAACAUUAAAAAGUGUUGAUCGCAUGUGAGAGCUGCUGUGAAUUUUAAAGGGAACAUAAAAUUCACCUUGAAUUCCUGGCUAAUCUCACUUAAGUGUUUGUUUAACUUUGACUGUCUCCCACUGUUUCCUUCGUCAUCUCUAUCCUUUUGUGCCCAGCCUGUUGCUUUCCUAAUUUUAAAUUUUAUUUAUUUUUUCCUCCCCAGCUUGUAAAACUACCUUGCCAGACUAACAUAAUUACUAUUCUGGAAUCCUAUGUCAAGCACUUUGCCAUCAAUGCUGCAUUUUCAGCAAAUGAGAGAUUCCGGCAUCAUCAGACAUCUUCAAAUGUCAACAUGAAUCUUCACUAUGUGCCACCUGAAAAAAAGUAUAAAAAAAUUUAAACUCCUUUUUAAUACUUCACUUUAAAAUUGAGAGAUGUUUGUGGUUUUUUGCUUUUAUAUAUUGAAGUUUCACGUAUGAAUUAACUAAUUAGAAUGAAUGUUUCGUAUUUUAUUUAGAUUUAACUUUUUUGUAUUUUUUUUUUUUAAAUGUAACUUUUUUUUUUUUCUCUUUUCUCAGUGUUGAACUUUGUAAAGAAAUGGUGGAUGGCUUACGGAUUACUUUUGAUUUCACUCUACCCCUUAUUCUUCUGUACCCAUAUGAACAAGCUCAAUUUAAGAAGGUGACAUCAACUAAAUUUUUUCUUCCUAUUAAAGAAACUACUUGUUUUGGCAAUAGGUAAUUCACUUCUGAUUUUGUUGGUUUAUUUUAUUCAUUAUUUGCUUUGAAACACCACUGAAGUGUUUUUGUUACUUUCCUCAGAAAUCAAGAUGAGGUAUCCCCAAGUCCUCCUCUCCUAAACCCACCAACACCACAAUCAACAGACAGUCAGCAAACCACAGGAGAGCCAGCUACUCCUAAAAGACGAAGAACUGAAUCCGAUCUUUUGCUAUCUCUUAGGCGCUCUACGCGUCACAGUACUAGCUGUGAUCGGAUGUCUGAAAGUAGCGCUUCUCCUCAGCCCAAACGACGACAUCCAGACACCCCUACAUCCAUGCCAAAGCUGUUUUUGCAUUUGGAAAAAAGUAGGUAAUCUUGGCAAGAAUAAGGCACUGUUGUUUGGGAUUUCCCACUUCACUACUAAAACUGUGCCAUUUCUGCCCUUGCUGAUGACUGGUAGAUGGUUGUUUCUUGAUGCCUUGCAAUGAGGCAUUGUAGAAAUGGUAAUGUGGAGGGUCCCCCUAAGGCAUGUAACUGGGACAACCAUCCCAAGUGAAUGUCAUGCCAAUGAACUUUAGCCGGCGUAAAGUUUAUUUAAAGUUGAUUGCUGCAAUCACAAAGUGCACUUACUGUUAUUGAAAGCCUUGAGUAAGGCUAUCCAUUAAUAGCCAGAAAAAGUCUGCCAUACAUGCCAUAGGUAUUCAGAAAUAGCCUAUCACAGUGCUGCAGAUGAGCUGUCAGAGUUAUUGGUGGCUUCCUCACUAAUGAGGCCGUCCAGCAGCAGCAGUGAUUGAUUGUCCCCUCCUACCCACCAAGGCUGGCUGAUCACUCUGAAUACCAACCACAUUCAUCAUUUCCCUUGCCUUUUAGGUAAGGCAAUGCGGCCACUGUGCUUAACUUGGGAAACCUAUCUUUCAAAACAGUGCAUUGUUAAAUCUAGGUAUACAAAUGGAGAUAAAUGUGUCCCUUUUACCAAAUUGCAUCUUUUGGUAACAGAGGCAUGUCAAAAUUAGGAUGUCUUUACUUUUGAUCCUGUUCCCCCAUAAAUAUGGUGUGUGUUUGGCAUUGUUGUACUAUAAAUAUGCAACAGAAUGCAAAUCUUGGGUAUUUCUGUGGAAAACAAAAUUACUGCUGUAUUCUGCAGAUUGGUGGUGAUGAUACAGAUAUGUAAGUGAGAACUAAAAAAAAAAAAAAAAUGCCCAUAUUGAGUUGUUAAGUUGUUUGCUUUUAUUUAUAUAAAUCUAUCUCUCUAUAUCUCUCCACAAACCCUCAUCAUGGCAUGCUAUUGAACUAAAAGACCACUCAAUAUGGCCUUUUUUUUUUUUUGUUGUUUUUUUUGGUUCUCCUUUCCAUUUUUGUUUCAUCACCAAUUUUAUUUUUAUAUAUAAUAUGUUCUGGGCAUACAUUUAGAGUAUUGGAAGAGAGCUAUGCACCAUGAACAUGUCAGUUAUUAAAAAAAAUAAGAGUUUACAAGCAUGACCAAUUUUGUAGCCAAAACUGUAGUCUCAUAAGAAAUAUUAAUAAACAACAUUUUUCUCUUCUUUCUUUCACAUAUAUUGCUGUAUAUUUCUUGUCUUUUAGAAACACCUGUUCACAGUGGAUCAUCUUCACCUAUUACUUUAACGCCUAGCAAAGAAGGAAGUUCAGUAUUGUCUGGUUUUGAAGGUCGGCGAAACAACGAACUUAAUGAGGUAUGAUUGUAGAGUGUUGGUCCCCCUCCCGCUUGGCAGUUCCUAAUUUUGCACAUCAAAGCAAAUGGAAGUAGUUUGUUCCAUGUGCUUACCUGUUUUACAUAAUUUAAAGAUAUUGUGUAAUUAAAGAAAGCUCCUUCAAAAUAGGGGAAAGUACUAACAUAUUAAAAUAAAUCCACAAAGGACCUCUCCAGGAACCUGUGUAUCUUUUUGAUGCAUACAGUGUAUUCAGACCCCUUCAUUGUUUCAUAUUUUUAUGUAGCAGCCUCAUGUUACAAAUUAAAAAAAAAAAAAUUUCUUGGUAUUUUAUUGUUUUGAUAAAACCGGGAAAAGUGGGUGGGAAGGGGGUAGAAUGGAAGAGAAGGUAGGGAGGGGAAACAAUGAUAUCAAAGUAUAUAUCCAUACAUCUGAAGCAGUUCAUAGUAUUCGUGUGAUAAUUACAUGCAUUUGAAUCUGGGUGAUCGAUACAUAUUAAGCAAGAACUUGUUUGUUUGUUCCCCCCCCAAUGGCAGUACUCUUAAUGAGCAUGGAAACGAUCAUAGGUAAAUAAGUCUAAUUGCAGUAAACGUACCAAAUAUAUAAUUACAGGUAUUUAAAACAAAUAUUGUGAAGUCUGUACAUACAUGUAUAUGUGCCUUGUAUGGGCUGAUUUUAAUGUCUAUGUUGAUGAGACACUUAUUGUAUUUAAAUUAUUUCGACUCCUAGGUUUGCCUUUACUGCUUGCAUAUACAUUUUUUUUUUUUAUUUUUUUUUAUUAAUUUAUUUACUUUUUAGGUAUUGUCUUGGAAACUAAUGCCUGAAAAUUACCCUCAAAGUGAUCAACCUCCUCCACCGUCUUAUAUUUAUGGAUCUCAGCAUCUACUUCGAUUAUUCGGUUAGAAACAGAUUACCAUUGUUCAUUAUUUGGUUGGAAGGGGUUCGUUGAUAUUGUAUGUUGUAUUAUGCUUUUUGGUUUUUUUUCUCUGCUAAUAUUAUUAAGGUUUAAUGAUGACAGCAGUCUAACCACUCAGACAAUUAACGUAAAAUCCUAAAACAGUGUUUACCAAUCCAUUCCUCAUCCAGGAAACUUUGCCAUGGGAAGAUCAAUCCCAUGUGAACCACUGUUGUGCAAGCCUCUUAAUUACUUGAUAAAUUGCAUCCCCUUCAAAAUUUCUGGUCCUGAUGACCAUACACUCACUUUAGCAUGUUUGCAACUUGUCCAAAAAUUCUGAAAGUAUUCAGAUAUGGAGCUGUUGCAGGCUACGCCUGGAGAACGAUCAGUCAUACCUCCACUGAGGAUUACUAUUGGAGGUUGAAAUGGGUAUCUUUGAUUGCUGUGUCUAAUUGAGGAUUGUGUGGAAAUUUGUAUCUGGACUCGCCAGAUUACUCCUUUCUAAUGAAUAAAUUAUUCCUUUCUUGUUUAUUCCUUUCUAAUGAAUAAACAAAAUAUCACCCAAGAUCCAUAGAGAGGGGGGAUCUCAAGUCUAUAGAAAGUGAACACCCUUUCUACCUUUUGUAAGCACUAUGCACUGACUCAAUUGUUCGUUCACAUUUAGUUUGUGUUUGGGAAUGGAAUGGUAUUGAGGGAUACUAACUAAGCAUAGUGAUUGAGGCUAAUAGGGGUGUAAGAUAACUAUAAUACACAGUAAAUCUAGAUGAUAGGUGACUAGAUUUUAGUAUAUUCAAAAUGCGUAUAAGCAAAUUACUACUACAAGCUAUUUUAAAUCUAGCCUCCUCUUCAAUAUAAUAUCCUUUGUUUAUCCUCCUAUUUUAUAGGAACGUAGGAGUGAUACGAAUUGGACUGAUCAUCAUGCUCUGGGCUCAUACUUUUUUAUAUGUAGAAUGAACCUCUAAUUGAAUACUUCUGCAUGUUUUCUCUUUUGAGCCAUUGUGGUUAUUACUUUUCCAAGUACUUUUUACAAAUCAUUUACUCUAAGCUUAUCAUAUAUGCCUCCUCUAAAUUACUAUACUCUUCUAUGAAUGCACUUCUAAGUCAAAUUGAUCGUUUAGUGGAUAUUCCUUUUUUCUCUGUCCAUGAGUGUUGCUCCUAUUUUAAGCACACCCAAUUAUACAGUUAUAUCUAUGCUCUUUUUAGCAUCAAAUUUCUAAUUGGUAGGUGUCUAUUUUGUCUUUUGGUUACAAUCAUGGACAGGAAGGAUGAUAACUUUUUGAUAUAAACAUUAUCUUUCAAUUUAAUUAGCAGUUAAUGAAUGUGUAACCAUAUGGGUGUUCUCUUACACAAUAAAGAGUGGAUGAGUCGCUCAUAAAUGGUUACUUUAUACUGCCAAUCUGUAACUGCCUUUCCCUGCUGCACUUAAAAUUAUAUAAGUUCCAUCCAAGUAGUUGACUAUAAAUACCAGGACUUGAGAUCCCCCCCCCCCAACUCUAGGGAUCAUGGUGAUAUAUUAAUGGGGUGCAAGCCUAGGGUAGAACCAACUCUCAUUUGAGUUAUUUGCCCACUUGAGGGGUUAUUUUCUUAUCUAAGUAUUCCUUUCUUUUUUAUUUUUUUAUUUUUUUAAAUUCUUUAUUUUUUCAUCUUGGCAAUAGUAGUCAGGUAACAUUAACGUGACGGCUUAUGCAAAAGCCCGAUAAAUAGUAAGCAAGUUCAAUUGUAGUUAUACAGGUGCUAAUAUAAUGCAUAGACAGUAAGUUAUGGUAACGAUAAGCUAAUUUGGCUACCUGCCAAGGGGUUUUCUGUUUUUGUAAAACUUUAAGUUUGCACAAUAUACACUUCAGGAAUGCAUAAACUUUGGGGCUUACGCAGAAGCCAACUUGGAUAUAAGUUUUGAGAACGUGGCGUACAUCCCCUGAUACAACCUUAGCCCUUUCCUCGAAUUAAGAAAACCUUGGUACCUGUCGGCUACGGAAGGUUUUACAUUCACUAUAAACAAAACAGGUAUAUAUACACCUUUAGGCUCAUAAGGAAGCCACAAGGAAUUACAUAGCUUGUAGAUAGAUAAUACUCAACCUGAACCUUGCAUGCGCUUUCUGCUAGAAAAAACCUUGGGGCCCCCAGUCUAUUAGGGUAAGUUAUUUUAACCUAGGGCAGGCCGAUAGGGAAAUCAAUUAGCCUUUAUGUACGUUUAUCUCUUUAGUACUUUAGCUACAUCAAUCCUCUGACCGUAUGAUCCUGCUUGAAUAAAGAAACGGAAAACAAAGAAUUAAGAAGAAUAAGAAAAGGAGAGGAAAAAGUUUGGAUAAAAAAAACCAAAGAAAAAGGGAAUAGCAAAGGAGGAGGUGGAGGGAGGAUGGGGGGGGCAGCUCGGUUAUGGCAUUAACAGACGUGUCACUUUUCGUAUGGAUGUGGAUAUCAUGAGUUCAUUCCCACUUGUGCGAGGCUCUCAAUCUUCGUUCGAGCCCAUUAUGCUAUUGUCCCAUGGUUCCCAUGUUUUUUGGAAUGUCGUAGUGUUCCCUCUCAUCCUUGCAGUUAGAUCGUCCAUGAUUCUACACUCUUUGAUUCUAGAGAUAACCCCUGAGAAUUCUGGGCCCUCAGGAGUGAGCCACGCUAACGCAAUCGCGCGACGUGCACACAAAGUAAUCCUGUGUACUAGUAUCUGUUCCCUCUUUGUCCACCCGUCCACCGAUCUAUUCAGCAAGUAGAUCCACGGAUCUAGUUUUAGGGGCCGGUCGAAAGUUUGUCUUACCAAAUCCUCCACGGAUCCCCAAAAACCCCGCAACUUCGGGCAUUCCCACCACAUGUGGAUGUAUGAUCCUCGGACCCCGCAUCCCCUCCAGCAAUCGUCCGUCUCCAGUUUGUGCAUUUUGUGUAAUUUAAUUGGGGUAGUGUACCACCGAAACAUAGUUUUCCAAGACUGCUCCUGGAGGGUAACACAUAUUGAGACUUUAGCGUUCGCCUCCCAUAUCUCCUGCCACUCUACCCCCUCUAGAACCUCCCCGAGGUCGGUCUCCCAUUGGGCCGUAUAAGACAAUCUUCCCCAUUCUCUAUUUUCUUCACUAAGAUGUGCAUAUAUUAACGUGAUCAUCCCCUUGGGGGUAGCCCCGUCGGAGCAUAACUUCUCAUAGAAGGUGGGUUUCCCCAGGGCAGCAGUUUUGAUAUGUUGUUGUUUCGCGAAAUCCCGAAUUUGGACAAACCUGAAGAAGUCCGCGGGGGUUAGAUGGUUACCCGAUUGCAGGUCUGCAAAUUGUAAAAACUCCCCGUUUUGAUAGAGCUGAUGUAGCCGUUGUAGACCAGUUCUUUCUAUAUUGCGGAAAUUUCUCGGGGCCAUGCCGGGAAGGAAUUCUCUGUUGCGGAGGAUCGGGGUCAAGGGAGAGGGGGAUGACGCCAGCCAAUAUUUGGUGUUACAUGUGUCCCAUAUCCAAAUCGAGUUUAGGAUCGCCGGGCACGUGACCCGUAUCAUCGGUCUGUGUUCUUUGGGAACCCAUAUUGUAAACUGUGGCACAUCUACGCCCACCAUCAUAGACUCGAUGUCUACCCACCUUCUCUCAUCUGGCGUGGAGUGCCACAUGGCGAUCUGCGUCAAUUGGGCCGCCAGAUAGUAGAAGUAAAGAUUCGGGAGCCCCAGACCCCCCCUAUCCUUUCGUCUGUAUAAGAUCUGUUUAGAGAUUCUAUGUCUCUUAUUCUGCCAAAUAAAGUCUCCUAUAGAUCUUUGCAGGGGAAUCAGUUGUGUCUUUGUGACCCGGAUGGGCAGAGCCUGGAAAAGAAACAAUAUACGUGGAAGAAUGUUCAUCUUUACCGAGUUAAUCCUGCCCAUCCAGGAAAUAGGUUUAUCUGUCCACUUGUCGAGGUCUCCCGUCAGUUCCCUGAGCAGCGGAGCAUAGUUAGCAGAAUAUAGACGUCCGGGGUCCGCUGUCAGAUUAAUCCCUAAGUACUUCAGAGAAUCCCUCUCCAUUCUUAUUUGGUGGGUCUCCUGUAAUCUAGCUGUGUCGUCUUGUGGUAGACAAAUCGGGAGAGCGCUGGACUUCUGAAUGUUUGCUUUAUAACCUGAUACCAUACCGAAUUCCGUUAUUACAUCCUGUAUCGCCACCAUUGAUUCAUGAGGGGUUGUGAUGGUCAAAAGGACAUCGUCUGCGUAGGCCGACACCUUAAACUCUUUGUCUCCCACCCUUACACCUGCAAUGUUCGGAUGUCGGCGUAUCGCUUGAAGUAAGGGCUCGAGUGCUAAAACAAAAAGAAGGGGAGAUAGUGGACAACCCUGUCUUGUUCCAUUGUACAAAUUGAAAGGAUGUAGCGGAGCUCCCGAUAUCUGCACCUGUGCUCGUACAUUGUGGUACAUUGCUCUUGUUAUUGUGAGGAAUUCGUCUGGGAGGCCCAAACUCUUUAAAACUGGAAAGAGAAAUUGCCACCUGACCCUAUCGAAGGCUUUCUCUGCAUCUAUGGAUACCACUAAUGUAGGGGUCUCUGAGGUCACUUGUUUCCAAAUCAAGUCGAUGUUCCUUCUAGUGUUUUCGAACAAUUGCCGACCUUGGAUAAAACCUACUUGGUCUGCAUGAAUUAUAGAGUGCAAAAGCGGAUUCAAUCUAUCUGCUUGAAUUUUUGCUAAGAUCUUAAGAUCGUGAUUGAUCAGCGAGAUAGGCCUGUAGUUCUCGGGGUAAAGUGGAUCCUUUCCAGGUUUGGGCAGCAGUACCAUGGUCGCCAGUGACAUAUCAUGAGCUAGUUGACCACCCUGCCGGAGAUCGUCAAAAAGACGGGUCAAUUGAGGCGUAAGUUCUUCCCUGAAUGUUUUAUAGUAUGAGCCAUCGAAUCCAUCUGGCCCUGGUGCUUUGUUGCCUUUCAGGCUCGAUAUAGCUUUAUCUAUUUCCUCUUCUGAGAUAGGUGCCGCUAACGUGUUUGCCAUCUCCCCAUUCAAUUUUUUCAUUCCUAACCUGUCCAGAUAUUGCCUUAUAUACUCCUCCUCGUGCUCCCCGAAAGGACUCCCAUCUGGGGUGUGAUUAUACAGCCGACGAUAGAAAUCCUCGAAUAUCUUUGCUAUCUCAACUGGGUUUGACCUCGUCGUGCCGUCUGGGUGUUUAAGUGCAGUUAUAUGGGACCUCUCCUGCCUCGGACGAAGCGUCCUGGCCAGGAGGGUGUCCAUCUUGUUUGCCUUUUCGAAAAAGGUCCUUUUUGACCAGGUCAUAGAUCUCGCCGUAUCAUCAAGUAAUAAGGUUCGGGUUUCACGUCUGAUCGCCUCCAAUUGUCUGAGAGUGCCCUCUGUUGGCUCAGUUUGGUGUUUUUGUUCUAGGGAUCUCAGUCUUCCCAGUAAAAAUUCCAGUUUCUGGUACUUCGUUUUCUUUCUCCUGGUGGCCAGUUUAAUUAGGGUCCCCCUGAUGACCGCUUUGUGGGCCGCCCAUACCGUGCUCGCGUUCACGUCGGGCGUGGUGUUGAUCUCAAAGUAAUCUGCAAUUUCUUUCCUAGUUUGUUCCAGGAUCGUCGGGUCACGAAGCAGGGACGUGUUCAAUUUCCAUGUCCAUGGUGAAGCUACGCAUAGGUUGCCUAAGGUGAUGGAGAUAUCAGCGUGAUCCGACCAAGAUAUAUUACCCACCUGUGACCCUACCGUUCGGGACAUUCCCGCAGCGUUGGUUAAGAAUAGAUCUAUCCUAGAAUACGUUCCAUGGGGAGCUGAAUAAAAGGAGUAGUCCUUAUCCCCCGGAUGGUGAGCUCGCCAUAUAUCUACCAGUCUGGUCUCGGAUAUGAAGUCUUUAAGAAGGCGAUCCUGGCCGCCCCUACCCUGUGAUCUAGGAGUACCCCUCCGUGAGCUCCUGUCUGCCGCUGGGCACGGGACCGCAUUGAAGUCGCCGCCUAAGAAUAUCAUUCCGUGGGUCAGCCCCGAGAUUGUCCCUCGUAGCCCUUCCCAGAACCUUGGGUCCGGCUGAUUUGGUGCGUAUAUAUUAAUCAGAUGGAUGGGAUGUGAGUGUAAGAUGCCUGAAACGACAACAAACCGACCGUCCGGGUCUGCUUCAUGAUGUGUCUCCCGGAAGGGGCAACUGCCUCUAAUGAGAAUUGCCACCCCGUUACGUUUACAGAGGGACCUAGCCUCGUAUGAACCAGCAUAUGUGUGGUCCCUCAACCGAAAACUGGCCUGUUUAGGUAGGUGGGUUUCUUGAACAAAAGCAAUGUCCGCUCUCAUCCUCUUUAAUUCUCGGAACAGGAGUCGACGCUUCUUUGGAGUGUUGAGGCCCUUUGUAUUCAGGGAAAUUAUCUUAAUCUCCAUCGGGCGGAGCCGUUAUGGUGCUAUAUGUGUUUCUCAUGACCGUAGACACGACCUGAACCCCAAUAGGUCCCUGAAAGAGGACCGCUGCUUGCCCCCCGCAUCCACCACCCCUCAGGAUAAAGGUAAAGAGUAGGGAAGAAAAGGUAGAAAGUAACAAAGAUAGAGAAUAAUAAGAACUACAUCCGGACUCAGUCCGAUGAACAGAAAUUCUGGUCUUACCAUUCGCCAGAUUUUUGUGGGGGAUAUCAUCCCUCAUUCCAGCCCCGGUCAACGUUGGGAGGAAACGAUGGGAUCCAGCGCUCCUCCGCAUAGGCGCCACGUGUGUUUCGCUUGGACCUCUAUAUUAACCGCUAAGGAAGCCGCUUCACCCAGUCUAUUUGGGGUAUCUUUCCCACCCCCCAUGUGUUCUGAUGCUGUCCGUGGAGCCCUCGCGAAAAAACUCCGCCCUGCCUGGGCCCAGUGAAAAACUCAAACUGUCUGGGCUCAAGGCCCUGUGCUAUCGGGGUCGCCAACCCUCGUUCAUUUCCCUCCUCCCCGCUGCUACACCACUGGGACUAAGGAAACGCUAUAUUCUAAUGAAACUAUUUACAGAUCACAUUUUAAUGAACGUGUUACGGGCUAGUAGGUUCAGCUCGAUCAAUAUGUAACAUACAACGCAUUUGGUCCUUGUUUGAUAUAUUGUCAUUUGAUAACAUUGUUAUUUUUCAUUAUUUUUGCGUUUUUUUUUUUUUUUUUUAAUUUCCACUGUCCCUUUCUCUUUCAUCCUCCCUCCCCCCCUCUCCCUCAGACCGCUCAAUCCCGCUUCUGUCUAUCUCCCAUCUACAGGCCCCCCCCAACCCCAUCCCGCCCUCAUACCCUUAAAGAGCCAAUCAUCAGGUUCAAAAGCUUGUUCAUGGGUGUUAUGUAUUGGGGGAUUGCACUAAACUAUGCGUAGGGAUGCAUCCAGGGAUGCCAUAUCGUAUGUAUCAGUCAAGCUAAUAAUAAUGGUGCAGGCAUAUCAAAACUAGGUACGUUCAUUACGGUCCGUAUAUCGCUUUGAGUUCUCUCUGCCACGUGAAUAAAAAUCCCCUGUAUCUCAUUACAAUUGUCCACCUCUAGGACCAUAUGGCACAAUCGUACAUUGGGGAGACAGGUAAAACUCUAUUAUGUGCCAAUACCACAUCAUGUACUCCCUGCCGGGGACACCCAAACCGCCCUAUUGUCCGAGGUAAUGUCUGCCCGUCCGUAUGGUCGCCCCCCAUGGCCGGCCUCGCACGAGACGGUCAUCGGACCUGCCAGAGGGGGCAAGCAGCCGCACAGGGGAACAGCUGAUUGUGCCAAAGGGCCAUCAAAUGUACACUCCCAGCCUGUAUCUCCCUAGCCGUGUGCCCGGGAGAACCGUAUUAUACGGAAAUGUAGAGGGGCUUGUCACCAACGUUAAGGGUGUUUAUAAUGGGGGGUGUAGCCAGCUAAGACAGGGAAUGUGGGAGUCUACCGACACCUUUACUCUGGGAGGGCUAUUGGUGUAGCAAUUGCAGGUCUGACCCGUCCCGUAGGGGAGACUCUUGAAGAAAAUUGUGUUGUCUAAUAGCAAGCACUCAUUUUGGUGCCACUCGUAUACAUGUAUCUAGAAAGUAGUGAACCACUCUUGACCUUUCUCCUCUCCCUCGUGCCCUCCUCCCCGUUUUGUCCCCCUCUCUCCCUUCCUCCCCUUCCUCUCUUAUUGUUUUUUUUUUAAUUUUUUUAUUUUUUUUCUCUUUUUUCCCCUCCCUCUGUUUGAACAAUUUUCGAUACUAUUUAAAAUUGAGCAGGAUAGAGACAGACAAAAAAAGGAGAAUAACGCCCUCCCGCAACCUCCAUUUAACUCUGCACAGUUCCGAUGGUCGCACCAGCAGGACAAUAGAACAAUACAUCAAUACACCGAACCUGUCCUGGGGUGUCUAAGACCCUCAAUUUGUCCUUCUCAGAUGUCUUCACACAAGAUAGGGGGGGGGAGAGUCUAUGACCCAGUUCCGAGGACCGGUACACUGGUGCCGUAGGGUAGCCGGGGACCCCCCCAACUCUGCCCGACCGGCUGUGAGGAAAGGAGACCAUCGAUCUUAAAAGCCCCAAUGGCCCCGACGGGAGGCCAGGAGAUCCUCGGGCAUCCCUGUUAAGGGCGGGGAUGGGCAAGAGAAAAAGGGGGAACCACGGGACAAAAACAGGGGAAAAAAAGGGGAGACCAGGGACUGACCCGCCACCCCCUCGUUCCCACCCAAACAAUGUGAUAAUGUGCUUCUGGUAUAACAGGCGUAGUGGGGCGCUGUCAAAACCACUGAGCGAUAUAGGGAUCUUGGGACUGGCCAAAAGCAGGGCAAGAGACAUAUCUGGUGACCCACCCCAAGCUCCCCAUGUACUGCCGAGGUCCUGCACCCGUGUCCCCCACCCAACAGAAAAUGAAAACAAGGCCCCAUCACCAAAAAUAGAGGAUUGGGCUGAAGAAACAAUCAUAACGAGACUCUAUGAAUACGAUACCGCCAUUCGUUAGCGCUGGCUUCUGGGCCCCACUUCACGCCACUCCGUUUGAAGUUGUGGAAUCUCCGCCGGACCCAUCGUCAGGUCAGGUAGGUCUGGGGGGGACUGGAUUCCCAAGCCCUGGAGUAAGCGCUUCGGGUCUCCACCUGGUGACAGGACGUGAGCUCUCCCCUCGCGGAACACCAUUAGCUUGAAAGGGAAGCCCCAGGCGUAUUUCAGGCCUGCUCCUCGUAGAGCCCCGGUUAUGGGCCGCCAGUCUCUCCUCCAUUGUAACGUCGAGGGAGCCAGGUCUUGGAAAAACGAUAUUGUGGCUCCGGCGUGCCGGAUCGGCCCAUCACGGCUCUUUUUCAUCAGGGCCUCUUUUGUUUUGAAAUAGAGGAAUUUUAUUAUUACGUCCCUCGGGGCGUUGGCUUCGGCCCUCUGCGUUUUCAUCGCCCUGUGAGCUCUCUCCAUGUGCCACUGUUCCUCUGGGAUGUGUGGGAGCAGCGGCCUAAAAACUGACGUUAAGAGGCCCUGCAGGUCUUCAUCCAACCCCUCAGGCAAGCCUCUUAUGCGGAGAUUGUUUCUCCGAGAACGGUUAGCCAUAUCUUCCAGGGCUAAAUCCAUGUCGAGCAUAUGCAUUGUCAUGCGAUUUAUCCGGUCGGCUGCCUCAUUGUGGGCCUGAGUUGUCGCUUCCAUGCGGUCUUCCAAUUUUGCCGUGCGCUCUCCCAGGGCACUUAUGUCGGCCUGCAGUACAGCCGUUGACUUGGCUAUUUCCCCAGCAAGGAACGAUCUCACCUCCGCCAAUUUUGCGAGAACAGUGCUUUGUUCCGCGGAUAGGGCCUCCUUGUCUGCGCCGGGCGACGCUUGUGGAGAUGCUCCGUCGCCAUCUUGGCUGUCGGCCCGUCCGUGCCGAUGGGCUGUGAGCAGGUCCAGAACUGAGCCGCUGGACUCCGCAGUCCUCUUCGCUUGUUUCUUGGGGAGUCUCUUUUCCAUCCUGUAUAGGUUAGUGAGGGGGAAAUUGCCUUAAAAAGGUCGCUUUUGUCUGCUUAUGGCGCCGUUGGGACGGAGCACUAGUGAAGCACGUCUGGUCUCCUCGACGAUCAGACCACGCCCCCAGUAUUCCUUUCUAACGACACAAAUAAGUUAGAAACCUCUUGAGACGUGGUAAGUUUGCUUCAUCACAUUGGUAAACAUUUAUUGUAUCUUAAUGUGGAAUUUUCCAAUUGUGAGGUCUUGACCAGUCUAGAAAUUAGAAUCUUAAGACUAUAUUUGACGCAGUAUAACUUGAAGCAGUUGAACAUCUAGCAUUGCUUUUCUCUGCUGCACAUACACAAGUUUCAAAGACUACAUUGUUCUUACAUUAGAGGGAGAAACCUAUUUCUUUUUAUGAAAGGAUGCAUCACAGAUUAUCAAGCAAGUAAAAGGACAGAACAGCAGAAACACCCAUCCUCGUGUACAGAUCCUUACUUGCCACAUUUAUACAUCCCAUCAAUGUGCAGCAGCUUUCACCAAACAUACUAUAGCAUGCUCAUAGACUCCAAACUUUCUCCCUAAAAAGUCUUAUUCGUUACUUUAAAUAUAAUCCAUCACCAGCACAUCCAGUCCAUUAAUCUCCCACAUUAGUGUGUCUGAGUUCUUAUGUUUGUGGGUUUUUUUGUUUUUGUUUUUUUUUCUUCUGUUUUUUCCCUUUACUCUUGCAAAAUUUAUUUCCAUCUGUCAAGGAAACUUUAUGUAGUUAAAUCUAGUUUGCAAAUUUCUAAAACACUCUUUAAAACCUAUAUUUUAUCCUGUUCUGUUGGGAUCCACAUUCAAUGAAAGUGCUCUUUAGGUGCUUGUUAAAUUGCAUUUUUGUAUUGCAUUCAUAUUUGGUUUUUACAUGACCUUUCUCUCUGAUACUACUUUUGGCUCAUGGAACUGCACAUCUUCUUUUACUUAUAAUUUCCACUUUUGUGAAACUUUUUGUACAAAGCUAGUAUGAAUUCAGAUAAUUGCGAAGUAAGACAACUGCUUUUUAAAAACUUUUUUUAUUUUUUUUUUGUGCUGUAUAAGCUGCUUCAAUUAAUACACUGGGCAUGUGCAGGACUGCAUCUAUCACUUUUCACAAAAGUAUUGUGGGGUUGAACACACCAUGGAGAUAAUGAAUAGUGAAAUAUCAGGCCACACCAGAGAAUAUUGGUAUACCCAAGUUACUUGUUUUGUUGGGUAACAGGUUGCACUUUUUUUUUGACAAACUGAUAGUGCCACGUAAAACUCAUGUACGUGAGUAAAUGUGGAAGGGGGGAGGGGGAUAGUGAAACAUGUUUGCCAACAAAACAAGUGUAACUUAUUUCUUCUUCUUUACACUUGUUUUGUUGGCUUACAUGUUGCACUGAUGUUUUCUCUUUUCCCACAUGUAUUCAUGUAUAUUUGAGUUGACGCUGAGAUAUCGGUUUCACUUUAUUGACAAGUAUACAUAUUGUUUUCAUACUAUUUAGCACACCCUCCACUUUCUUGUCCGGUUCCUUGUGAGAGAAUAACCUUAGAGUGUUUGUGUAGCUUCUAUCACGUGUUAUUAGUAUAGCGCCAUGUUUUCACUAUAUUGAUUCACUUCUGUAAUGCAAUUUGCAAGAUCGAUAUAGAGCUAUAGGAUAAUGUGAAAGAUUACAAUUCAGUACAUUUAAGCAAACCUGGCAAGCGCAUUUAUAUCUUCGGCUCUUGAAAGUUUGCCCUUCUCAUUCAACCAACAGAAAUCUCCUUGUGUCAUGUGGUGUGUGUGUUGUGUGUUGUUUUUUUGUUUUUUUUUAUAACCUGAUAUCAACCUAUCCAGUAUCACUGAUACCUAAAAUGGAGAAAAAAAACUAUUUGACUUAUUCUAAAAAGAUGUUCGAGUAACCUUUUUUGUGUUUCUAAAAUUAAAAUUAUGCAUUACAAUUUUAAUAUUCAUUCACAUUAUGUUAAAUUUUGAUUAAUAUUAUAGUUACAUAAAGAUGGGGGGGCUGGCUUUUAAAAGAUUACUUUAACCAUCAUAAUCACUACAGCCCACUAUGGUAGUUCUGAUGGUAGGAGUAUCUAGGCAUUAUUCCUAGUUAGUUGGCAAAUGUGUGGUGGUUUUUUUUAAAAAUUUUUUAUUUUUUUUAAGUGGUUUGUCUACUUACCUGGUACUAAUCGGCAUCUGGUCUCCUGUGAAGCAGUGUUUACAACAUCCGGCUUCUCGUUAGCUUUAGAAGCUGGGUGUUGGUGCUGCUGAUUUAUUGGUUGAGAGGGUAAAUGACUGCUCUCUACCAAUGAAUGAAUUUGUUUCAGCAUCUAAACUUGACAUUGGCUAUCCUGGAACUAUUGUUCCGGGUUGGCUGACCCACCCGUGACAUGGUUGAAAGUGGAGUUGCACCUCCGGCAGCAGAGCAGUUAAUCUAUGUAUCUGCAGCUUUUUAAAGCCGAACGCUAUUCAUACAUGUUUCAGACACCAUGACCACUUUAAAUCACGGAAGUGGUGAUGGUGCCUGGAGUAAUCCUACAAGUGGUUGUCAUGAUACUGUACAGACAGGGACCUAUAUUGUAAUGAUAAAACAGAGAGCAGACCUAUUCCAUAGUAUAUUUUAGUUCAGUUAUUGUCUUGUGUGAGUAAAUUUACAGUAAUUUUUUUUUUUUUUUCUUUAUAGUUAAACUUCCAGAAAUAAUGGGAAGGAUGUCUUUUGCAGAGAAGAACCUGAAAGCUUUGUUGAAACACUUUGAGCUGUUCCUAAGGUAAAAUGAAUAUAACCUUGAGAACUGUAGACUUAGAUAUAUUACAAGUGAAUAGUUUUCAAAUAAUAAACCCAAUUUCUGCUUUAUGUUGGAGUUCUGGAAGUGGUAUCAUUUUAAUCGCUAUAGUUUGCUAUAUAGUUUAUAUAUUUUAUAAAAUUGUUUGCUCAGUAAGUCCAUCUUUUCCACUAUUUCUGUAUAUAGUUUUGUUUUAGUGAUGUAAUUACUGAUGAGCUUGACAUUUGAACUUAAACCCUUUAGAAGCUCUUGCUUUGCCCAUAAAUCUAUGUAGGACAAGGCUUUUUGGGAGAGUUACCUCCUGAUAUUUUCAAAGGUCACAAUUUUUUUUUUUUUUUUUAAUGGGGGAUUGUGUGUGUGUGUGUGUAUAUAUAUUACACAAUCCAGCGCAGUCGCUCAUUCACUAAACAGCGAUUUCAGAUGUCAAAGACUGCAAUAGUUUUAUUUAAAAACACCUCACCUAGGCAAAAAAUUAUGGGGGUUUAGUUACAUUAUAUGAUCAUAUAUUGCAUAAGCCUUCCACAACGUCAAUGUAUCCCAUUCUUGGCACGUCCUAUCCUAGCAGCCUAAUGCUUGCUCUUAUGAGAUUAAUCCACUUACUGGAUAUGGAGCUGACCUCAUUCAAAUGUACCAAUUUCGGUGUUCAUUGUGGUCAAAGUUCAAGCAUAUUGGCUCUAUGAAUGAUCACUGUGCAUGUAGACCAUGGCGAAAUAUAUGCACAAAACCAAUAUUUCUGUGAAAAUCUGAACAAUAACAAAUCAAACCCAGAAACUUUUAGAAAGUCAUAAAAAGCUUACAAACUCUCCCAACACUCCACUGUCAAAGUGGACAACCAAAUCCUGCAACUUCCCUUAGAUGUAGCAAAUGCCUUUAACAAUUAUUUUGUCGGAUGCUCCACCACCCUGAUUGCCAAGCUAAUAAAUGACACACAUCCUGAAACCACAAAUGGGGAUCAGGCCCCACUAAAUUUGCAAAGGCCCAAUAUAGAGAAGUGAAAUUAUAGACCUGUACCUAUUUAGUGUCGUUAAACAUCUUAAUAAUUUAAAAAUGAAAAACCAGUGUGGACCAGAUCAAAUCCCAGCAAUGUUGCUGAAGCUCAGUGUGCCAGGAAUUGCUAAACCUGCCACUACCCUUAUUAACGAAUCCCUGGUGUCAGGAUGCAUACCCAAAUUUUGGAAGACUGCAAAAGUAGUACCUAUGCAUAAAAGUGGUGACAAUACUUUAUCUAACUGCCGGCCAAUAUCAUUGCUCCCAGUAUUGUCAAAAAUGUCAGAAAAAUGUGUCCACACGCAACUGUGUGAAUAUUAUUUGAUCCCUGGUCAAUCAUGCUUUCGUCCAAAUCACUCAACUUUGACUGCCCUCUUAAAAGUUUGCAAUGACAUCCAAACUGGCAUGGAACAAGGAGACCUAACUGGAGCUAUUUUCCUUGAUUUUUUUUUUUUUUUUAAAAGGCCCUUGAGACAGUAGACCACGACAUUCUACUGCACAAACUAAAAAAACUCUGGAAUUGGUGAACGUCCGCUAACCUGGUUUCAAUCAUAUGUAUCCGAUUGCUUGCAAUAUGUGUCCAUUUCUGACAGGUUCCAUUCUCUUCCCCCUACUAUUCACAUUAUUUAUAAAUGAUCUGCCUAAUGUCUGCAAAUCCUCAAAUGUACACAUGUACGUAGACAACACAGUAAUCUAUGCAAGCAAAUCCGAUCAAACUGCAGCUUGAGGCUGUGCUACAAGACCAGUUCACAGAGGUAGAAAAGUGGAUUGCAAAAACAAACUCUAAACACUGACAAAACUGUCACAAUGAUCUUUGUAACAGUACCUAAAGUACACAAAUGACAAAAUUCACAUCUAUGCAUCAAAACAAAAUCAAAUGCCACAAUGACAGCAGUCCAUUUUUUCAAAUACUUGAGUAUGUUGGACCCCAAUCUAUCUUUUGGCCUCCACAUAGAAAAACUUGCAUCUAAACUUUAUCAAAAACUAGGUUCCCUGUACAGACACAAAUCCUGCAUAUGCCCUACAGUAAAGGAAAGGAUUGUACAGCAAAUGCUGAUGCCAAUCAUUGAUUAUGGGGAUGUAGUGUAUGCACCUGCACCGCAAACCCACCUUAAUAAACUUAAUACAUAGUAUAAAUCGUUCUACCGCUUUGUGCUACAAUGUAGUUACAUGACCCAACAUUGUGAAAUUCUAAAAGAACUAAACUGGCUGCCGCUGGAAUCCCGACCCACCCUACCUGAGCAGAAUGCUCUUCCCGGCUGUUCCCACCUCCUAUAACUUCCGAUCCAGUACCAGCACUUUAUUUAGUCUACCUCAAUACAAAGAGAAAGCAGCUCGAUCCUCCUUUUCCUACAGAGCACCGCAAUUAUGGAACGACCUCCCGCACACUUUCAAAUCUUCCCUAGGCCUAAAAUCCUAUAAGAGAUCUCUCUCUACAUAUCUCAAAACAGAAUGCACCUGUCAUGGUUGAUUAUAAAUUUCCUACCCGUUCUAUGUUAAAUUUUGUAUAUAUUGUGUAUUAAUAUUGUUUUUGUACCCUAUUGAAAGAAUGCAAUGUUUUGUGGACCCAGGACAUAGUUUAAAACUAGAGAAAUCUCAAUGUAUCCUUCCUGGUAAAAUAUUUUUAUAAAUAAUAAAUAUAUAUAUAGAUAUUGGAAGUUGCACAGCCUCCAAGCUAUGCACCCACGAAUAGGAGUAUAUCCUGCAAAGUCUAAAAAGGAAAAUAUUUUUGACACAAGUUUUGUGCAGUAUAUAUUUUUAUAAACCCCUCCUAUUGGAGAACUGAAGCAUUUUAAAGUCACGGUGGCACUUUCUUUUAAGGCACGGAAGCACUUUUCUUAAAGGACCUGUAAUCAAAGUUAAGUUUUAAUUACCGCCCUAUCUCACUACUGCCAUUUGCCUCCAAGAUCCUCGAGAGAGUUGUCUACGCCAGACUGACAGACUUUCUUGAAUCCAGCUCUCUGCUUGACCCCCUUCAGUCUGGAUUCCGCGCUGGUCACUCUGUCGAAACUACUGUGACCAAAGUAUCCAACGAUUUAAUUGCUGCUAAAUCUCGCGGCCAGUACUCUAUCCUAAUCCUCCUUGAUCUUUCUGCCGCCUUUGACACUGUUGAUCAUCAACAGCUUCUUCACAUUCUCCGUAACUUUGGUCUACGGGAUUCUGCUCUCUCCUGGUGCUGCUCCUACCUCUCCCAGCGCUCCUUCAGUGUUUCUUUCUCUGGCUCUGCCUCUUCUCCCCAACCCCUCCCUGUCGGUGUCCCCCAAGGUUCUGUCCUCGGCCCUCUACUGUAAUCUAUCUAUACUGCCUCCCUUGGUAAACUCAUCAGCUCUUUUGGCGUCCAAUACCAUUUAUAUGCAGAUGACACGCAAAUCUACCUGUCCUCCCCUGAUCUCUCUCCGCCCACCUUGACUCGUGUUUCUGACUGCCUCUAUGCUAUUUCCAACUGGAUGGCUGCUCACUUCCUUAAACUCAACCUGUCCAAAACAGAACUUCUAGUUUUUCCUCCCUCAAGUGCUGCUACUCCUGUGUCUGUCGCCAUCCAAGUCAACGGCGCUACUAUCACCUCUACCUCCCAGGCUCGCUGCCUAGGAGUUCUUUUUGAUUCUGAUCUCUCUUUUACUCCCCAUGUUCAAUCGAUAGCCAAAUCCUGUCGCUUCCAACUCAAGAACAUAGCGCGCAUCCGCCCAUAUCUAACGCCGGACGCGGCUAAGGUACUGGUUCAUGCUGUUGUUCUCUCUCGCCUUGACUAUUGCAAUCCCCUUCUCACCGGUCUUACAUGUUCCCAGCUUGCACUGCAGCAAUCUAUAAUGAAUACGGCUGCGAGGCUUAUUUUCCUGUCCGGUCGCACCUCCCACGCCUCCACGCUCUGUCAGUCCCUGCAUUGGCUUCCAGUUAGAUAUAGGGCCCAAUUCAAAAUUCUGGCGCUUGCUUACAAAUCCCUACAUAAUGCUGCUCCAACAUACCUAUCCUCCCUCAUACACAAGUAUGUCCCGUCGAGACCCCUGCGCUCAGCCCAAGACCUACGCCUAUCCUCUGCCCGGAUCCCCACCUCUGAUGCUCGCCUUCAAGACUUCUCCAGGGCUGCACCUAUUCUGUGGAACUCCCUUCCCUCCUCAAUAAGACUUUCACCCAGCCUCCAUUCCUUCAAAAAAUCUUUGAAAACUCACUUCUUCAUUAAAGCGUAUCAAUUAAACUGUCAGCAGGUUUCUCAUCCCCCACCCCAUGACUCCAUUCCUGCAACUGUCAAAAAUGACCUACCAAGCACUCAAUAAACCCUUCUGUAACAAACUAUUUAAUUCCCCUACUUUAACCCUUUGUGUCACUAUACCCCACUCCCUCUAGCAUGUAAGCUCAUGGAGCAGGGCCCUCAACCCCCUCUGUUCCUGCACGUCAGUGGUCUGAUCUCAAUUAUGUGUCUGUUAGUCCACCCAUUGUACAGCGCUACGGAAUUUUUUGGCGCUAUAUAAAUAAUAUUAAUAAUAAUAAUAAUAAUUACAUUUUUUUUUUUUCAACCUCAUUAAAAAAACAAACAAAAAAAAAAAAAAACAUUUUUGGUGUUACCAAUAGUUGGAAUAUCAUCCUCUUGGGUUGGGGUCCAAAUAUAAGCUUAAAUGGAUGAUUACAUACAUGCUACGUUAGUAACAGCACUCUGUGCUAAUGUCUUGAAAUACUGCAACUUACUGAUGAGCAAGCAGAAAAUAUAUUAUGGGAUACCCCGAGUUUGGAACUCCCAACGACAACUACAGUUUGUGAUGUAUAUUUUAAAAUCCUUAAGCUAAGAAAGAGAGAAGUGGAUCUGGACCUCCACGGCUUAUUUUUAUCAGAUUACCACAGAGCUAAACAAAUACCAAGGGGCUUUAGAGUGCAUAAUAUAUCCACAAUAGGACUGAAUGAAGCCUAGAGUACGUAAAGACUGGACUUCAGUACUUAAUAAAUGCUCAAUGUAUUUAAUGCUGGUAAUAUGGGAUAUCAAGGAAGAUCUACAAGAGGUACACAUGAAAAUACAGCAAAUAGUAAGUGAACAUGCUGUUUUGCUUAAUUCACAAGAGGGCAUCAACCAACAGGUUAAACUGAAUGAGGAGGUACUCCAGUAUAAAAACCAACUAGUCAAAUUCAAACGACAAAAGACGGAGAGGGUACAAUUGGAUUAUAAAGACAACCAGGUAUAUAGAUGGCUUUCUGGAGACCAAAGACCACGAUCAAGGAGUAAGAAGAUGGUCAAACCCAAUGUCCCCACUAUAGACAUCACUUCAGGAGAUUUUUAAAUUUUUUUUUAAUUUUUUUUUAGGCCUCAGCGACCAGACCGAAGUAUCCUCCCCUCCUAAGAAAAUAACAAGAAGCCACGUGAGGAGUGAAAGAGACAUGUCACAAGACGCGGACAGAAGGGACACCUUCACUGAUCCCAGAGGGAGACCUCCUCUUCAGAAGUAGUACCAGUAUUCAAUUUAUCUGAUAGGAAAUUGACACAUGAAGUGAAUAUUCUAAGUAAAGGCCUCACUUUUAUUCCAACUGGGUCACCUAAUAAGUUCCAUUGGGAUGUUUGAACUUUUUAAAUUUGGUAGGAGCUUUAGGUUAAAUGACUUUUUCAAGAAAUCCCAUUCCAUAACUACAGACACCAUAUCCACCAAAUUCCAAACUCCCAGCAAAUUUGAUCCAGCAAUCAGCCAACCUACUAUAAAUACCUUUUUAUGUACUGUGAAAUUCAUAUUAGAACUACUCUCUUUGGCAUUAAACCACAACUAUUUUCGUUUUCAAAACCAGAUGCUAUCUACAGAAGGAGGGUGCUGCGAUGGCCCCGAUGUACCACUUUGAGAAAAAUCAUAUUUUACAUAACUUCUCUAAACGGAUAGUAAAUUACUUCAGAUAUACGGUAGAUAAUAUCCAAAUUUUCUGGAACGGCAAUGAGGAAGAGGCACAGCACUUUGUGGACCAUAUAAAUGGAUUAUCAACACCUAUUAAGGUUUCUUCUCACAUCAACACACAGGUGAUACAAUACUUAGAUCUGGAGAUAUUACUUGAAAACUGGAAGAAUACCAACUCUAUUCUAAACCUACGGAUAGUAACGCUCUGUUACACUAUGAGCAUGCACAUCCAAAACAAAGGACUCACUGCCUCGCUCUCAAUUUUUAAGAGUCCUCAAGAACAACUCCAAAGAAUCUAAAAAUGAAAUACAAAUACAAGAAAUGUGUGGCAAAUUUUUGAGGAGAGGUUAUACACGAAGAAUCCUGGAGAAAUCUCUACUUAAAGCCAGGGAAAAGAUCCUGAUCACGUUGAAUACUGUUUCAAGAGUCUUCAUCAAGAAUUAAGUUCUCAAUGGUUUUUAUAACCCUGAAAGCACAGAAUUGAUUAUAAAAAAAAAAAAAAAAAAAAAAUGGAAUAUUUUGGAGAGGGAUGUAUCCCUUACCGAGAUACUACAUAAUAGACUUAUGAUCUGCUAUAAAAUAAAUAAAUCCUGCGAGAUCAGUUGGUCCAUACAGAUCCAAUUUCAAGUUACAUGCCGGUCAACAAAAAUACAGCAAAUUUAGGGUGUGUGAGAUGUUUGGGUUGCGUCACAUGUGGACAUUUGAUACCCUGCAAAAACGUCAACCACCCACACCUAGGCAAGACUGAGACAGCUUUCUAUUCACCCAAGUUACGCAGAGCAUCUUUUAGAAGCUGUGCUAAUAGAUACAUUCUAUGCAGUAGCUCCACAUGGCGUAUGGAGAUACCUGACGUCCUGGUUGUCCAGGCAACGUAAACAGUCCGUAAUAUGGAGACAUGAUUGGUACAGCUGUCUCCUAUACUUUACACAUGCACUCUCUGUACUAGUGAACGCCAACUCUCUGCACAGGUGAAGGUUGAGUCACUAUUUGGGGUCCUAUAAAUAUACGAUACUUGUGUUAAUGCAAUUUUGUUUGUCCUGAUGCAAGUUCCUUAUUGGAACUGAAAUGUUGAUUGUUGGUGAAACUGUCUGUGAGUAAGCUUUUUCAAAGAAUCCCAAGAGUGCUGCUGAUCCAUCUCUAUUUCUGUGUGUGUGUGUAUAUAUAUGUGUGUGUGUGUGUGUGUAUAUAUACACACACACACACACAAUCCAGCGCACUUGCUCAUUCACUAAACAGCGAUAUCAGAUUAGUGAAUGUGCAAGUGCGUGUAUUUUGUAUGUUGUAUAUAUUGGCCCCAGCAGCACCCUAUAAUAUAUGCAUGUUCUGGUGAGUGCAGUCCUAGCCAUCUGGUUUUAUUUAUUUGUAUAUUUGGGAGUCCAGGCCAACUCCUUGGUUUUGCACCCCUCCCAGUCACAGGUGCUUCCCUAUUUAGCUUUGACCUGCAGAGUGCCAGUAAGGAAGAAUUUCCCAAGUAAGUGGAUUAAUAUCAUAAGAGCAAGCAUUAGGCUGCUAGAAUAGGACCUGCCAAGAAUGGGGUACAUUGAUGUUGUGGCAGGCUUAUGCAAUAUAUGAUCAUGUAAUGUAACGAAACCCUCAUUAUUUUUUGCCAAGGUGUUUAAAAACACAAAACAAAAAAACUAUUGCAAUCUUUGACAUCUUAAAUCGCUGUUUAGUUAAUGAGUGAGUGCGCUGGAUUGUGUAUUGUAUGUAUGUAUGUAUUCCAAACUUUUGUACUCCUACCUCCAGCCAAAAUGAUACCGGGUGCCAAGCCAUGCUUUUAUGUAGAAAAUAGAGA